CGAAUCAUAAGAUCGUCGAAAUAUUUGAAGAAUCACAUCAGAGCGUGUAUAAAGAUUAAGAAAAGAAAUUAAAAAAAAUGAACAAACUUUCAUUCACUACGAUAUGUUUGACAACAGUCCUACUUUUCUCCAUGUACUGUGAAGCAUUGAGUGUAGAUCAAUUCAUCAACGAUAAUUCUUGCUACAUUGUAUUAACAAGAUAUGACAACGACCUAUUUGUUCCAGUAACAUUGAAUUGGAUUAGUUGCCCUCAUAAUGUAUAUCCUUCGAUAUUUCUACGAGCGGAGUGUUCUUCACGUUGCAAAGAUCCUGUUACUGGCAAGGAAUUCAGCCCAUUACAAUACAAAACUGAAGAGGUCGAAUACGAAAUGAGUUUUGAAGUUCGAAAAAGCAAUAGGGUUGAAACUGAGACUAUCACAUCAGUGAAGUCUUGCAGAUGUGUGAAAAGAUAAUAUGUCUACAUAAUUGAGCGAGGACCAAUGGAUUGAUGAAACAGCAAAUAUCAUUAAAAUAUAUUGCAUGCAUUUAACAUAUAUCAUUGUUUUUCCAAAAAUAAAAAUGUUUUUGAAUAAUUUUUACUAACCAAGAUGAUCUUACUGUUUAAUGUUUUUAAUGAUUUGGAGCGAAAAUAAAUAACAGCUGUGGCAAAUUGAACAAUUUUAUAUUUAUUUCAUAAUAUUCUUUAGUUUACUUCAUGAAUAAGCGGUGGCUUGACAGAUAUUUUUUCGGAGAUUUAUUUUAAAGCUCUAUCAUUUAAGAAUAAAAAAAUAAAUUGAUACUUAAUUUUGUUAUAUUGAAAUAUAGUGUGCAUGAAUUAAUUAUUUUAUAUAGUUAUAUAGUAAUCACUUUAUGUAUAGUCACUAAUUAAAGUUUAAAAAUUAAAAAAGAACAAAUUCAUAAUUAGGAACAUUUACCAUCCUUUGAUUUCGUCCAUAUUUAUUGACCAUCACAAUGUUGCUCGUAGGAAAAUAGGUCACUUUAGUGCAACCAUUCGGCUCCCAUACAAAAAGUGUACAUAUAUAUACGACAGCAGAAAAUUUGAUAGAAAAUAGAUAUUAUUCUUAGAUUGUUAUAUUCUGGUUUUCUAUACGUGAGAAAACGUAAGAUGAUUAUUAACCACGCUAUAUUGAAAUAUUGUGUACAUGCAUUAAUUUUGUUUCUUGCAUUUUUU